AUGAUACGAACUCCUAAACGACCAAAACUUCCAGCUAACACCAUGCUAGGGAACUUCGGUACAGCCAGGAAUGCUAACUUGGGGCCGCCCCCAACUCUCACCGUCGCACGCGGGCUUCCAUUUGCUCUACCACAACAUGACUACGACCGUGCCUUCAACGCAGCCACCCUCCUCUCACAUCAUAUUGGAGGGGAGUGGACAUAUCCAAUGCUACGCAUCACUUCGCCUCCACUCAUGGAGGCAGGCUGUGUACAUCAUGCCCCCUUUCGCCCCAACGAUAUGGCCUUAUGCAGGAACCAGAUCACCCCCCUAAAUCAACCCUCCUUCUCCCUCCUGACCGGCUUCCUCUUGACGCUCAUCUCCUCCCGGUUCGCCUCUGCCGACCUCACUCUCGCUUCCAAUCCCCAAACUACAUCCGCUCCCGUCGAAACCGUCUCCCUCAUCGAUGCCAGCGGCAUCCCCAUCACCACUGCCAACGACCCCGCCGACAAUGCCUGGGUCAUCCCCUUAACCGGACCAGCCAGCGCUCCCACCGGCGCUGCCUGGGGCGCGCAAAUCCAAUACAACAAGAACCUGGCUGGAGUCCUCCCCGUCGCAUUCGGUACUCCCACCACCACCGCCAAACCAACCGCAACAGCGACAGGAAAGGCGUCAUCAACAACAACAACAGCAACGUUCGUGUCCGCCGGCUCACCUGGCCAAAAGACCGAAACUCUCGACCUCGAAAUUGCGUUCAGCAACACAUUUCUCCUAUCUCAAGACACAAGUCUAAACAUCACCUCCACCACAAACAAAACCAACUCAACAACCAUCCCCUCCCUCCCCGUCGGCCUCAACCUCGGCCUCCAAAACAAAUGGAACGGCUCCGUCGUACUGGGGGGCAACUACGACUCCAACCGCAUCUACGACGAACCCCACUGGCAAACAACCCCCGAAACCAGUGCUGGCAAUACCAGCUUUAUUGACACCGGCAUGCUAGACAUCAGCGCUGUCAUACUCCAACUCUACACCACCCCCAACGCUACAACCAGCAGCGAAGACGCAGAAUACCCUUUCGGUGGUACCAGCGUGCAGGAGACGAGUAAAUCGCUCCCCGCCAUGCUGGACUUUAAUUCUGAGGUCUUGUCCGUGCCGGAUGAAUCCUGGUGCGCACGGAAUAUCUCGAUCGUGUUUAAUCCGGACAGCGAAUCGUAUCCGAUAUUUAAUAUCCCGGUAUGGGACGAGCUGGUUCCCAAGGAGAGGUGUCAGGUGAACAGUGGGAAGGUCGUGCUUGGAAGGCCGUUCUUCCAGGCUGCGUACGUUUAUGUGAACUCGGCGGGUGAUGUGUAUUUCAGUUCGAUUACUACGGAUGAUGUGGAUGUUGCGACGAAGCCGUUUGAUUUGCAUGUGCAGCUUUCGGAGGCCGUCAAUGGCACUGAGAGUUAUGGGGGAGAGAAUGGAACGGCGACGGGUUCGGGGAGUGAUGCGACGGGGACGUCGGGCGCGGGAAGGUUGGGUGUUGAGGGUCUUUGGGGGAUGGUUGUGGGGAUGGGGUUUUUGUUUAUCUUGUGA